UCAAUGAGUGUAGUGCGGGUGUGGUCGUUGUUAGGAGGAGAGACGCGGUCCCGCGAGCGUUUGGGGAAGUCACGGCGUAGGUGCCUCGCAACUUGAAACGGCAAUAAAAGCUGUAGCGCUUUAACCGUGACGUGCAGUUUUCAGGGGGAACGUCCCACACCGUUUGCUGCCAGGAAUACCGCAGUGUAACCGGAGAAGUCAGACACGUCAGAAGCCCCAACACUGUGUCCGCUCGUGACCCUGGGAUUGGCCAGUGCUUCCCUCAGUUCUGCCACUACUCCGAGCUAUUUAAGUCCCGCUCCCCAGUGUCUGUACUUGUGACUCCCGUGGGAGGAGGAGGAGGAGGUUCCUGUUUGGAUGGUUGUAGCUGUGCGAGCGGCGGGACGUGGGCAGAACUCAUUUGGAUUUGUUACCUCACCCGCCUGCGCUCUGAAUUGGCACCGCUUGUCUUUUGCUGGCGGAGCGCGAUGAACUGUCUAACUCCUCAUGACGGCCAAGGCGAGCCACAGCGUGUUGUACCAGUGGAAAGGGGUGCUGCUCACGUGCUUGUCAGGUAGUGACCCGAAGAGAAGGAAAGAAAUGAGCCGACAGACUGCUACAGCAAUCCCUACUGGUACCUCAAAGUGUCCUCCCUCUCAGAGAGUUCCAGCCCUGACUGGCACAACUGCUUCAAACAAUGACUUGGCCAGCCUCUUUGAAUGCCCAGUGUGUUUUGACUAUGUUUUACCACCUAUACUUCAAUGUCAGAGUGGCCACCUGGUCUGCAGUAAUUGUCGGCCAAAGCUCACUUGCUGCCCAACCUGCAGAGGCCCUUUGGGAUCAAUUCGCAACUUGGCUAUGGAAAAAGUCGCCAACUCUGUGCUGUUUCCAUGUAAAUAUGCCUCGUCUGGUUGUGAGGUAACUUUGCCGCAUACUGAAAAAGCUGACCAUGAAGAGCUUUGUGAGUUUAGGCCUUACUCCUGUCCCUGCCCCGGGGCUUCGUGUAAAUGGCAAGGUUCCUUGGAUGCGGUGAUGCCACACUUAAUGCAUCAGCAUAAAUCUAUUACAACGUUACAAGGAGAGGAUAUUGUAUUUCUUGCCACAGACAUAAACCUUCCUGGUGCAGUAGACUGGGUCAUGAUGCAGUCUUGUUUUGGCUUUCAUUUCAUGUUAGUCUUGGAAAAACAGGAGAAAUAUGACGGCCAUCAGCAGUUCUUUGCAAUUGUACAGCUCAUAGGAACACGCAAGCAGGCCGAGAACUUUGCUUACCGACUGGAGCUUAACGGCCACCGGCGGAGAUUGACUUGGGAAGCAACACCUCGCUCUAUUCAUGAGGGAAUCGCAACUGCCAUCAUGAAUAGUGACUGCUUAGUAUUUGACACCAGCAUUGCACAACUAUUUGCUGAAAAUGGCAAUUUAGGAAUAAACGUUACAAUCUCCAUGUGCUGAAUUGGCAGCCAGUCCUCCAGGGCCAGUGUUUAAAAUGCUUUGCAAAGAAUUUCAAAUAAAAUGGUUACAGAUGACAUUUCCAGCAAACCAUAAACUUUAUAUUGUGUGGGUCCUGCAAAUGACAAAAGUAACUAAGAAUACAGGAAUCGGUUGCAUGUAGAGACACUAAUAUUUAUAAUCCAUAAACCACUGAAAAACAUGUACACACCCAGCCGGGCAUCUUUUGUAUUUAAACAAAGAAAAGAAGAAAAAAAAAAAAAUUCAACCAGAAAUGUAAAAUAAUCCUGAAUUUGCGUUUGUCGUUUGUACAGUGAAUACUGUUUUGUGUUUAUUUUCCCUACCUUUUGACGGACAAGCCAUUUCGCGUGGUUCAAUGCCACUGCGUUCCUCAUUUGUAAGUCACAAUUUAGAAUUGCUGCUGUUUGUGUACAUUUUCUGUGUAUUGCUCAUUUUUAUUAACUUCUAGUUUUUCAUUCAAUAAAUUUGACUUUCUUUUCUGUAAUUAAGAAAGUUUUUCUACACCCAUGGUUUGCUAUGCAUAGUUUUGUUUUGUUUUUUAAUUUGGAAAGAUUUUUCCCAUAAUGAAAUCUGUAACCGGUGUUUAUUAGAGAAAUGUUGUUUUCAGCGGGAUACAAAUUGCAAUUUAGUAAUCUAUGCUCUUUGUUAACCUGUAUUUGGCAACUGCAUGGUUUGACUUAAAGGGAUCCUGUCAUUAAGAAUUGAUGCUCUGCUGCAGUGAUUCAGGGUGUUUGUAGGCUGUAUCACCUACAAUAGUAUCUUUAUGGGAGCAACUGACCCCUGCAGCCUACCCAGUGUCUGGUGAAUUCUCCUCAUUCUCUAGCCAGGGAAUGUUGGGGGCAUAUCCAGGGCAAGUGUUUGCCACGUUGGGAGUGACCGUUGUUGGGGGUUUUGGCGUACUCAUCUGCCAAAUAGGAGCAAUAGUUGGUGACUAUGGAACCAAACUCAAUAAUAUCUCUAUUUAACAAUGAAGUAGAGCCACAUUUUUUUGUCUUGUCAUCCUUGGGGUCCGAAUGGAGGGCUUUAUCUAUGCCUGUAAGACUGCUAUGGUCAAACCAGUUCACAAAAACGGGUAAAAUUAUUAUUUUUUUUCUGUAAUUUCAUCUGUGUUGUGCACUACUCUAAUUGUGUUGUUGCAGUUUAGGUUGGGCCAAAAAAACCUCUUGAUCUGAGUUAUUUUGGGACAUUUUGAAGAAAGGAUGUAUUUGAUUUGUGCUGCAAUUUUCAUUGUCUCAAAACUAAAAGCAGAUAUUGUCAUUGCAUAGUCUCAACAUGAGCUGUACCCCUUCUUUUAUAAUUGUCAUUAAAAUAAUACUUGGCAAACUA